AAAGGGAACAGGUGAGCUGUAGCAUGCAGGAGAUCCGUGAGCUUCCAUCAGACCGGUCACAACUCAGGAGGCUUAGUCCCUAAAGAUGGUGAAGGCUGUACUUUCUGUUGUGUUGAUGCUGGUGGUCGUUUCCUCCACCAUUGCCAAAUACAUCCCAAAGACCGGCAAGAGGGUCCCACAGACCCUGUCCAGAGGAUGGGGUGACCAGCUUAUCUGGGCGCAGACGUAUGAAGAGGCUCUCUACUGGUCCAGGUCAAGGAACAAGCCGCUGAUGGUCCUGUUUCACCUGGAGGACUGUCCACACAGCCAAGCCCUGAAAAAGGUCUUCUCCGAAAACAACGAGAUCCAGAAAACCCUGGAUGAGGAUUUCAUCGUUCUCAAUCUAAUGUAUGAAACCACAGACAAGCAUCUGUCUCCUGAUGGACAGUACGUCCCGAGGAUCCUCUUUGUCGACCCCUCCAUGACUGUGAGGGCAGACAUCAACGGGCGCUACGCUAACCGCAUGUACGCCUAUGAAACCGGCGACAUCAACCUGUUGAUCAGCAACAUGCAGAAAGCCAAGAAGCUCCUGAAGGGCGAACUCUGAGGACCAGAACCAGAACCAGGACCCGACCAAGUUUUCUGUCACCCAAAGAGUUUCCAUCGUUCACCUCUAAACUUUAUUGUUUUCAUCUUAGAUAACUUUACUGAUUCAUCCAGUUUUUGAUGUGCAUUUCUUAGAAAUAUGUUUGAUUCAUGUUGAUCAGAUAUAAACUUGUUUAUGAAUGAACUGUAAUAUUAAUAAUUUGCCCUUUUACUUGCAAAUACAUGAGUACAAUAUAAAACCAA